AUGAAUGUGACCGAUUCCGUCCACGAUAUUUUGUCAGGACGCCAACCGAUCUCCUUAUCCUUACACGUUGCCGGAGGAAUCGCUGUCGCGAUUAUCAUUCUGACCUGCUGCUGCACUUUACUCGUGAGGCACAAAUGUGCGAGGAUCGCCGAUAAGAUUACAGGGAGAAGGAAAAAAGAAAAGUAUCCUCCCGAUAUCGAGGAAGGACGAGGAAGGAAACGAGUGAAAAAAUGGCGGAAGAAGAAGAGGAGGACCAUCUCGCCGGAAUUGGUCCAGGAUCAGGUGGAGGUCACCGCGCCGAUUAUCUCCAGGGAAGCGGAAAGAUCGGAAAAUGGAUCGCCGACUCCCUGUUACAAGUGUUUCAGAAAGAAAAAAAAGCGAAGAUCUAAGAGACAGAUACGAUAAAUUCGAGAGAAAAAAAUCGCGAUCCAUAAGUUAACAUGGGUGAACAUCUUUUAAAGGAAAAAAAA